AUGCGCCUUUCCAAAGCCCUAAUAGACAUGGAGAUGGCAGAUUAUAGUGCAGCGCUAGACCCGGCGUAUACCACUCUGGAGUUUGAGAACAUGCAGGUGCUGGCUAUGGGCAACGACACGUCUCCAUCAGAAGCAGCCAACCUCAACACUUCCAACAGCAUCGGGGUGAGUGCGCUGUGUGCCAUCUGUGGGGACCGCGCCACAGGGAAGCAUUACGGGGCUUCCAGCUGCGAUGGCUGCAAAGGCUUCUUCAGGAGGAGCGUUCGGAAGAACCACAUGUACUCCUGCAGGUUUAACAGGCAGUGUGUGGUAGACAAAGACAAAAGAAACCAGUGCCGAUACUGCAGGCUUAAGAAGUGCUUCCGAGCAGGAAUGAAGAAGGAAGCUGUACAAAAUGAACGGGACCGAAUCAGCACCCGGAGAUCAAGUUAUGAAGACAGCAGCUUGCCCUCCAUCAAUGUCUUACUGCAGGCAGAAAUCCUGGCACAACAGAUAUCAUCCCCGGUUCCUGUGAUCAAUGGAGACAUCCGAGGGAAGAAGAUUGCCAACAUCUCCGAUGUGUGCGAGUCCAUGAAGCAGCAGCUGCUAGUGCUGGUGGAGUGGGCCAAGUACAUCCCUGCCUUCUGUGAGCUGCCCCUGGAUGACCAGGUAGCACUGCUGCGAGCACAUGCAGGGGAACAUCUGUUACUGGGAGCUGCCAAGAGGUCCAUGGUAUUCAAGGAUGUCUUGCUGCUAGGAAAUGACCACAUCAUCCCGCGGAACUGUCCUGAACUGGUGGAGGUGAACCGUGUGGCCAUCCGCAUCCUGGACGAGCUGGUCCUCCCCUUCCAGGAGCUGCAGAUAGAUGAUAAUGAAUAUGCCUGCUUGAAAGCCAUCAUCUUCUUCGACCCAGAUGCCAAAGGACUGAGUGACCCCUCCAAGAUCAAGCGGAUGCGGUACCAGGUGCAGGUCAGCCUAGAGGACUACAUCAAUGACCGGCAAUACGACUCACGGGGCCGCUUCGGGGAGCUGCUGCUGCUGCUGCCUGUGCUGCAGAGCAUCACCUGGCAGAUGAUAGAGCAGAUCCAGUUUGUCAAGCUCUUCGGCAUGGCUAAGAUUGACAACCUGCUGCAGGAGAUGCUGCUGGGAGGCUCAUCAAGUGAAACGCCGCAUGCUCAUCACCCCCUGCACCCUCAUCUGAUCCAGGAGAACCUGGGAACAAACGUCAUCGUGGCCAACACAAUGCCUCCUCAGAUGCACAACGGGCAGAUGUGUGAGUCCAUGAGGCCCUCUUCUAAUUUUGUUUCUCUCUCUGUAGCUACUCCAGAAACUCCACAACCAUCUCCACCUGCAGGCUCAGGACCAGAGCAAUACAAGCUGCUGCCCGGAGCCAUUGCAACCGUGGCAAAACAGCCCACCUCCAUCCCGCAACCUGCCAUCACAAAACAGGAGGUCAUCUAG